AUGCGGUGGUUCCAGGUUCUUACAGCUUCGCUGCUGCCUUUCACAGCUCUUGCAGCUAAGAAGACAGGCGACAAGUUCACCGACGCCCGCGCCAAGUCGCUCGAUAUCGGACGGCCGCUGAAGCUCGAUGACGGCGGUUAUGGCUCGUUGACCAAGGGUCAGAGGGAUUACUCAGUCGCCGUGUUGCUCACCGCACUCGACGCAAGAUUCGGAUGUGUUCUUUGCAGAGAGUUCGCGCCAGAGUGGGAUCUGCUGGGCAAGUCCUGGCUUAAGGGCGACAAGAACGGGCAGACAAGGACGCUCUUUGGAACAUUGGACUUCACAGAUGGAAAGAGCACUUUCCAGUCGCUUCAACUGCAGACAGCCCCAGUGCUCCUCUACUUCCCUCCUACCGCCGGCCCCAACGCGAAGCCCGAAGCCCCGCCUGUCCGCUAUGACUUCACGUCAGGCCCUCAGUCCGCCGAACAGAUCCACGCUUGGAUUGCCCGCCAACUCCCCACCGAUGUGCCCAAGCCAAAGAUCACCCGUCCUAUCAACUGGGUGAAGAUCAUCAGUGUCACAACCGCAGUACUUGGAGGUGUCUCUGUUCUCGCCAUCGCCUCGCCCUACAUCAUCCCCCUCCUCCAGAACCGCAACCUCUGGGCUGCCUUCUCUCUGAUCACUGUCCUCCUCUUCACCUCCGGACACAUGUUCAACCACAUCCGCAAGACACAAUAUGUAGCGGGUGACGGCAAGGGCGGUCUCACCUACUUCGCCAAUGGAUUCAGCAAUCAGUUUGGUCUGGAGUCGCAGAUCAUUGCCGCGAUCUACGGUGUCCUGGCAUUCGCAACAAUCUCGCUUGCGCUUAAGGUUCCCAGAAUUGCGGACUCAAGGGCCCAGCAGUUUGCGGUGUUCCUGUGGAGCGGUAUCUUGCUCUGCAUGUACAGCUUCCUGCUCAGCGUUUUCAGGCAGAAGAACGGCGGGUACCAGUUCUGGCUGCCUCCGUUCUAG